UAUAGAUUAUAAUUGUUUCAAGUUAUUAUAAAAUAUUGGUUAUAUUCCCUGUGCUGUAUAUUACAUCUUAGUAUCUUAUUUAAGAAAUUUAAUUUUUUAUGGCAAGUGUUGUUUGUCUUUGCAAAACUCUCAAGAGUGCUCCUGGACACCCCUCCCUUGUCCUCGGGGGUGUCUCUAACCUUGGCCGUUGUCUCCCAGCUUCUCCCGCAUCCUUAGUAGACAUACCGGCCUCUGCUUGGCACCAUCGGCACUGACGAAGUUAAGCAGACUCCUUGCCCCCUUUCACCAAAAACUUGCCAGGACGAGUAUACGUCCCUCCCAGGUUGGUAAUUGUCUAAGACAAAAACCUGUCCCUCUUCUCAGACAUGGUCCCUCCUUGUCUCCCCGAGUGCUCUGUUUCUCCCCUGCUGUUUACCCUCAGCACCUCCGCUUUCUCCCCCACCAGGCGCCCUGACUCCCCCUUUCUCUUCUCUCCGGGCACAAGGCUCUUGGAAAGGAAGCCUCCCCUAGCUGGAAGCCAUCUCCUCCUCACUCCUGCAGCAGUCACGUCGGUGUUUCUGCCUUCUGCUGGCUUGCCCCCGCCCACCCCGCCCCACUCUCUUUCUUGCUGAAGUUUGGUGUCUUCUUCAUUCCUAAGUGAUGAAUCCUGUGCGUGAAUUGCAGGGUGGUUCUGGGACUCUGAGCAGCCUGUCUUUUGCCCCCUUUUCCUUCCUGCACAGCAGCUCAGCCUGUGCAGCUCGGCCUGUGCCUCUUCCCCUCCAGGUGGCCUGGCUUCGUCCUGCACUGGCGACCACUGGGCUCGGUCACGAGUCGCGCGGGGGCUCGGUUUGACUCUGUCCGGGUGAGGAGCUCCUCAGCCGGCCUCGUCCCCGUCCCCACCCCUCCCUGCGCACAGGCCAGGCCCACGUUCUCGGGGAAGCGGUUGCGCUGGCUUGCAGGUCUCGCUGCUCCUCCAGCCCCGUCUCCGGCACCCCGCUGGACGGGCGCCCCCUUCUCCCCAGUCCACCUCUCCGCUGCCCAGCGCUCCGUGCUGCGGCCCUCCCUGCGCGGCGAGCUCGGCACCUGUCUGUCCUAGGGGUUCUCGUGGCCUGCGGGGCGGCUCCCCACACCCCUCUCCCCGUUCUUUAUUGUACAUUCUUGAAGACAAAAGUCCAGUAUUCUUGUCCUUUGCUGACCUUCUGUGUUACUUGUUUACGCCACAGAAUAUUGCUUCUACCACUGAUUCGUCACUCUGAUACCUCCUCGUGGCAGCUUUUACUUUAUAAUCAGUCACACUGCUCGCCCUGACAUAAGGCGUCUUUUCUGCAGCUGCAGCUCGUGGGCGCCUAGAAAACGGGGUCCCCAUCUGCACCCCCAGCGACUCGGUUGGCGCCACGUGACAGGUGUGGGUAGUGUCUCUCACGUCGGCAUCCCUGUGGAUCUGAAUAGAGUAGCGGGCACGUGUGCCUGCGUGCGGGCGCUUCACAAGGGCCCCCGGCUCCCCCUCUCUUGGUGGGGCCCCUGGAGGUCGCCUCUUGGUGCUGCCUUGGCCGUAUUUGGCACCCAGAAUGCUUCAUUCUGUGAUGGUCUAUUAAUAAGGUUACCUUGCUAGAGUUUGGAGCAGGGCCUCAGAUUGGCCAAAAUGGGAAGGACUGGAUUCCGCUCUCUUCCACGAAGAGUCAAUGGGACUGGCUAAGAUCAAGGUCUGAGGCUUUUUCCAUCCAUCAUCAGUCCCUUUUUGCUUUCUUUUACGACCACAUGAAACUUGAGAAGCCACCUAAAGCUAAAUCAUUUAGUGGAGUUGGGCAGUUCCCAAGUGUCCAACAAGAAGGCCUGCUUUAGGCUGCGAUGGCCACUGUCAUCCCUGGUGAUUUGUCAGAAGUAAGAGAUACCCAGAAAGUCCCUUCAGGGAAACGUAAGCGUGGUGAAACCAAACCAAGAAAAAACUUUCCUUGCCAACUGUGUGACAAGGCCUUUAACAGUGUUGAGAAAUUAAAGGUUCACUCCUACUCUCACACAGGAGAGAGGCCCUACAAGUGCAUACAACAAGACUGCACGAAAGCCUUUGUUUCUAAGUACAAAUUACAAAGGCACAUGGCUACCCACUCUCCUGAGAAAACCCACAAGUGUAACUAUUGUGAGAAAAUGUUUCACCGGAAGGACCACCUGAAGAACCACCUGCACACGCACGACCCCAACAAAGAGACGUUCAAGUGCGAGGAGUGCGGCAAGAACUACAACACCAAGCUCGGGUUCAAGCGCCACCUGGCCUUGCACGCGGCCACCAGCGGCGACCUCACCUGCAAGGUGUGCCUGCAGACGUUCGAGAGCACGGGCGUGCUGCUGGAGCACCUCAAGUCGCACGCGGGCAAGUCGUCGGGCGGCGUGAAGGAGAAGAAGCACCAGUGCGAGCACUGUGACCGCCGCUUCUACACGCGCAAGGACGUGCGCAGACACAUGGUGGUGCACACGGGAAGGAAGGACUUCCUCUGCCAGUACUGCGCCCAGAGGUUCGGGCGCAAGGACCACCUGACGCGGCACAUGAAGAAGAGUCACAACCAAGAACUCCUGAAGGUCAAGACGGAGCCCGUGGACUUCCUGGAUCCCUUCACCUGCAAUGUCUCCGUGCCUAUCAAGGACGAGCUCCUCCCGGUGAUGUCCUUACCUUCCAGCGAACUGCUGUCCAAGCCAUUCACAAACACGCUGCAGCUAAACCUCUACAACACCCCGUUCCAGUCCAUGCCCAGCUCGGGGUCCGCCCACCAGAUGAUCACAACUCUGCCCCUGGGGAUGACGUGCCCCAUCGACAUGGACGCUGUGCACCCCUCCCACCACCUUUCUUUCAAGUACCCGUUCAGUUCUACCUCAUACGCAAUUUCUAUUCCCGAGAAGGAGCAGCCGCUGAAGGGGGAGAUUGAGAGUUACCUGAUGGAGCUCCAGGCUGGGGCGCCCUCCUCUUCCCAGGACUCCCAGGCGUCGUCCUCCAAACUCGGGCUGGAGCCGCAGAUCGGGUCCCUGGAUGACGCCGCGGGGGACCUCUCCCUGUCAAAAAGCUCCAUUUCCAUCAGCGACCCCCUCAACACACCGGCAUUGGAUUUUUCUCAGUUGUUUAAUUUCAUACCAUUAAACGGGCCUCCCUAUAACCCUCUGUCGGUGGGGAGCCUCGGGAUGAGCUAUUCCCAGGAAGAAGCACAUUCUUCUGUGUCUCAGCUCCCGCCCCAGACCCAGGACCCCCAGGAUCCUGCAAACAGCAUAGGUCUCGGCUCGCUGCACUCCCUGUCGGCAGCGUUCACCAGCAGUUUAAGCACGAGCACCACCCUGCCACGCUUCCAUCAGGCUUUCCAGUAGGACUCCGAGGCGCGGAUCUGUUACAGAAACGUAUGUGUAAGCCCUGCCUUAGGUGACCGUGUUUCUUUUAGUGCCUACUUUAAGACAGUACGAAAGUUUCUGCUUCUGUAUAGCACCAGUCUUCAUUAAGCCAGUAUCACGUAGACACUAGCUUUCCAAACGAGCUUGGGAACCGUUUGUGUUCAGUUAUGUUUACCUGGGUAUUUUGUCCUGAUUCACUGCCAAUUGUCACAUUUGAAGAUGGUUUCUCACAUAGGAAAGCCAUUAUGAGUAGUAAAAGUCUUACAAAUCCCUUGUUCAAAUUACUUUUAGAUCUUAAAUUUUUUUUUUUGGUCCACUAACAGUGGCGCUAGCUUUUGACAUUUGGCUCAUUAAAAAAUUUUGCAAUAGAAUGUAAAUUUUCUAAAAUGUAUGUGAAUAACCUGAGAGUUUUUAAAAUUUCUACUAGCCUCUAAAUGGAUUAAUAAUCAACUGCUUCAAAUGAAUUAGGAAUCCAGGUUGGGGAUGUAACCAAUGUUUCUUAGCUACACUAUAAUUUCAGGUCAGCAUAUUUUGAAGACUUGCUGUUGCCUGGCUCACGUUAUUUGCCGUCUUUAUUAUGCAUGUAUGAGAGAAACAAAACCUAAACACAAAGCACCAGUAUUUAUAGCAAAAAAGAGACUCCUAGCAAGGUGACACGGCUUUCCGUGUUACUUCGUAGUUGGCCUUAAGUCAGUACAUGGGAGAUUCGCCACGUCUCAUACUUCCUAGCUUGCUCUCUUCCCGUUUGAUAAUACUAAUAGCGUGUGGCGUCAGAGUCUUCAGUCUCCAGAUGGAGCUCUUUAACCUGUUCCACCUUUCGUGGCGAGGGCAGGUCAAGCACAGCCAGCAGUUUCCCUUGGGUUGUCAGUCCACAGUCGGUCCAGAGCCCAGAGCCCGCCGCUGGGGCACAGACGUUAGGUGUGUCUGUCCCUGAGGGCCGGGGAGGUGGCGCUGAGAGACCCCAGGCAGGGAGAUGGGUAGUUGGAUGUGAGGCCCGCGGCUCCGCCUGGGAACUUGUCUGGGGAUCAUGUCCCCUGUCACCAGGGUUGAAACGAGACCCUUCAGGAGUCAAGUGAAAGCGUAUCACUUACAUCACUUCUUGCCGAAUUCGAUACAGUUUUCUUUCCCUAAGAGCCAAAAGCAGAAAGCAAAACAACAGCCCUGGCCCCGUGGGAUCUUUCUCAUUCAGUGUGAAUUCAUCUUUCUUUGCUAUUUCGGACAGAGACUUUAAAGUUAAAUGCACUCGAAAACUAUUUGAGGAAUGACCACAAAGUUUUGAGCGACUAAAAAUAUAUACAGUAAAACCCCACUUUUACACGUCUCUGGGAAACGGGAGGGCCGUUGCAGAGAAGCGGAAUUCAGAGAGUGAGAAAAGUACAGCAAAGCAAGCACUAGCUUAGUUAAUGUGAAAAUAACAGGCAGAAACCUUGUGUUCAGUGAGUGUGGUGGCUACGCCGGCUUUCCUCAUGUUACACAACCAGCGCAUCUUCUCAAGGGUCAAAUAACUGCUUUUUUCUAAUAAUCGGUUGGGACAUCAACCUAAGAAACAUAUCUGUUAAAGCACUUGUUAACACCUUGUUUGGGGACCCUGUCUGUUGGGGCGGGUAUGAGGGGGGAGGUUUAUCGAAGAGUCUAUAUCUCUUAAAAAAAGAGAGAAAUAUUUCUGAGCACUCAUCAGCCCUACGCGGAAGCUCUUCCCUUCUGUAGGGCCAGUUCUCACUGCAGAUUUCGAUGUUUACCAAGAAUUUCUAAAAAUGAGUGCAGAUUACUGAAUAUAAUACAUUAUUUAAAAUAUUGGGGAGUAGUAUAAUUUGUGGAAAAAUGUAAAUUGUAAUAAUGUAAAUGGGGUUUCACUAUAUAUAUUAUAUAUAUAUAUACACACACAUACUGCACUUCAUAGAAUCAAAGUUGCUCUCUAAAGGAGCUUUGGCUUCUGAUAUUUUAUCAUGCUCCUAUUUUUUUUUUCUAAAUCCUAGGAGCAGUAGUUUUUAUACGUAUGUAUUUAAAAUUUAUUAUUAAAAGUUACAUUUUAUUAAAAAAAGUGUGUUCCAAAGGCAUUAAAAUUAUAUAUGUUAAUAAGGAAAUACAUUUAAAAAUUUUUCAAACUGCUCCUAAGCUUUUGAUUAGGAGAAUAUUUGCUCUGAAAGUAGGCUUUUAGCUCUGCUUUAUUACUGCUUCCUUUAGUUUCUAUGAAACAGAUUGCUUACUUAAAUCAUUAGUUGAAUGAUUAGUGUUCAAUAUUGCUUUAAUCACCAUUUUUAAAAAAAAAAGGAAAAAGAAAUUUGGUGACAGAGCACAAAUAAAUAGAAAACCUAUUUUUAAAUAGAAAUCACAAACACAAGUGUGGAAGCACUACUUUAUUUUGUCUAAAAUUUGCUAAAAGUCAAACUCGUAAACUGAGAUGUUGGCCUCAGUAGGUUGUACUUCACUGCUAAUAAAAAAAAAUUUAAAGGGAGUCCCAGGAUUUAUUAAAUAGAGCAUUUUGGAAAUGGGGAAUGGCGCCACGUAGGUAUAUGUAUUUUUAACCUACUUCUCGCCCGGCACGGAGUUGACACUGGAGCGCAUCUCCCAGGGCACCAAUGCUGAAAUUGUGGACUUAGUUUUCAUAUAUACACCCCUUUGCCUGUUGCUGCCCCCACAGACUUGAAAUAACACUUCCAAGUAAGAGGGAAUUCAGUUAAUUUGUUUUUAAAAUUGACUGUAGUGGUCACUAAACUCUUUUUGAGAGAAUCUCUAUUAAACAUGAGGCAGACUCACUUACUUUAAUUGCACAACGGUCUCACAAGGCUGUAACACCGAACUGGCUCCUUUU